AUGAUUACCAAAUUCAUGACCGAGAUCACGACAAAGUUCAACCCCUUCUCGCCCGCAGCCAAGUCCGCGCGCCUCUUCAUGUCCAACAUCCCGCCCACGGCGCGCUCUACGGGCACGACGAUCAAGACUAUCCUCCUGCCCCGGACGUCGACGGAGCCCGCUUCGCUUUAUGUCAAGUUCAAGGACGGCAAGGAGAUUACGAUUGACUGCGAAAAGAUGGGCGUCAAGAACAUGAUUGAGGAGGUGGACAGACACUCUCGCGGUCUGCAAAAGGCUGCCGACUUGACCGACUAG